AUGUGUACAUCUACAAAAGAAAUGACCGUGGCCAGCUGGCAAACAGUCGGCGCUAUUGAUUUGAUGAGCAAAGAAUUGCCUGUUGUCAAACCUGGCGAGUUGUUGAUCAAGGUAGCUGCUUCUGGUAUUUGUGGUACUGAUUUGCACAUUAGUCGUGGUGAGACGCCUCAUGCUGCUAAAAAGGUAGUUAUUGGCCAUGAGUUCUGUGGUUACGUACAAGAGAUCCAUCCAGAAACUCAGGCCCUAGCCAAAGUAGGCGAUUUGGUCUCCAUUGACCCCAACAUGCCAUGCAACCAAUGUACCUUUUGUCGUAACCAAAAGUACCACUUGUGUCCCAAUUUGUUCUGCAUUGGCGUUACCAUAGACGGCGGCAUGUCCCAAUACGUCUCUGUGCCUGCUCGCGCUGCUGUGCCUGUACCCAAGCAUGUAACACCCGAGGUUGCUUCAUUGGCAGAGCCUCUCUCUUGUGUAGUACAUGCUGUCGAUCAGGGUAAUAUCAAGACGGGCGAUUCUGUUUUGGUGAUUGGUGCUGGUCCCAUUGGCUUGAUGGCUAUUGCCUUGGCUUCCACCAGCGGCGGUAGAGUUACCGUGAUAGAACCAAGCGAGAUGAGACGGCAAAAGGCUGUACAAGUGUUUGGCGCCACUGAGGCUUUUGCUCCCGGCGAGCUGGCUCCUGUGGAUGGCACUCUGGGCGAGGGAUACGAUGUCGUCUUUGAGUGUGUAGGUAGACCCAACACAUGUUUAGAUGCUGUCAACUUUGCCAAAGCAGGUGCUACUGUGGUUUGGGUGGGUGUAGCCAAAGUCGAGGACCGUGUGCCUAUUUCUCCAUUCGACAUUUAUAGAAAAGAGCUGACCAUCACAUCCACCUACACCAACCCUUACGGCAUUGAUCGUGCUGUCAAGAUUUUGGCUGAAAGCAAGAUUGAUUGGAGUCAGUUGGUGUCUCAUUCAUUCUCAUUGAGCGAAUUCCACAAGGGCUGGGAGGUCUUUUUGGCUGGAACUGGCUUAAAGGUGGUUAUCAAGCCAUAA